UUCUAGUUACUGUUUGCUGUUUACUCUUUUGUUCUCUUCAUUCUUUCUCAGGCUCUGCUUAAGUCUAAAUGCUAAUUCUUUUACGUCUUACAACUUUAAAAUAAAUUUAUAAUUAUUAAUAUUUAAAAUCAACUUUUUAUUUAUUGCUCAUCAUGGCCAAUAAACUCCCGAUUUACAAAAGACGCAGUUACUUAAAAUUCGUCGAACUGGCAUUUGCUAUUAUGGUAAUAAUAUUCCAAUGGCGUACAAACUAUAACGACAUGUAUACAGGUUGGUUGUGUUCGGGUGCAGCUAUUGGAUAUUUAAUUAAUAUAAGUGGUCUAAUAAUUGCUGCAUUAAUGGAGAAACCAAUACAUCGACGUAUUGACAUUUAUUUCAGUGUAGUGGGAUGUAUUCUGUUCACUAUUGUUUCAUUCAUGGUGCUUGGAGAAUCCCGAAAUAUUGAUCAAGUGGUCAAAGGAUGUUUCUGUGUCGGUCAAUCUAUUUUAUUUCUCAUCGACAUAGUUAUUACUUACCGAGCUGAAGAAUAAAGUUGAUUAAAACUUUUCUGAUAUUUUUUUCACCACAAUUACGUUAUUUCUUUAUUUUCUUAUAAUUACAAGUAAUCAUUAUUUUUGCUUUGCCGUGUAAGCAAUACGUGCAGUUAAUUUUUUAUUAUUAAUAAUUAAUGUAUGCAUUUUUUCUUAAUUUUCUUUGAUAAUUAGUUGUUUAAUUACAACAAUAUAAGUGUUAAAAUACUUAAUA